AUGGACUUGUCAUCCCUCCUUCCAUCUACUAUCACGUCUCAGAAUUCGUCAUUUUCAAUCAUCCAACCAACACUAAGGGGAACUGGAGACACUAGUGUCGAGGAUGAUGAUCCCGCAGAGACGCUCAUGCAACGCGGCGCUGUUCUUCGUCGCUUGAGACAGCUUGAUCUUGAAGACGAAGCCGCGCGUGCUUUCGAAGAGACCGCGACGGCCGAAAUCGACAAUCUAACAAACACUGUGGAUAUGGGCUGCACAAAACUAAAUGACGGUAGUAUCCUGUUUUCCUACGAAUCUUUUCUAAGUGCACAGAAGUUUUACGAUGAUCUCAAGCAUAUAAAUUAUCGGUUUCUUGACUACGGAACAUGGGCUGAGCAUACUGGUAGCGGCCGUUUGAUUAUUGAGCAAGACAAACAUUUGGGAAAAGGAGGCCUAUGCUGGGAUGCAGCUUUUAUACUGGGCGAGUACUUGAUUCACAAGCGUGCACGUUGGCAAAUUACACGUGAAGCGAUCUCUGGUAAGGCCACUAGAGUUUUGGAACUUGGCUCUGGAACCGGUCUGGCUGGCAUAAUGGUUGCCAAGGUCGUGAGAGGCGUACAAUUGGAUCUGACUGAUCUUCCCAGUCUAAUGCCCUUACUCCGCCGAAAUGUAGCUAGGAAUUUCGAAUCUUCUCGAAUUGUUACGGGCGAUGCCAACUCUGUGGAUGACUCACCAGCGCUACCACAAAAUAGGGCUGCUCUUGGAAAAGUGGCGACAUACGUCUUGGAUUGGGGACAAAAGGAUUUCUCAUUUUCUGCCUUUGAUGUCAUUAUUGGUGCCGAUGUUGUGGCUUCAUUGUACGAUCCCAUUGCUUUGGUCAAGACGAUACAUACAUUGUCGAAUGAAAAGACGGCUGUCUACAUAAGUUUCAAAGAACGAUUGAGUACAAUUCACAGACAAUUUGAGGAAGCGAUGCAGACUUCGUUUGCCACCGUUCACUUUGAAACGCCCACUUGUAGUCGCAACCGCAACCCAAACGUUCGCAUACUUAUUGCCCGGCACAAAUAUCCUGCCGAUCGUCUGAAACUUCGCACAACUGAUGAUUGUGUUGAUCCAUGCAUACACCAACCAGAGAAGUGCUCAAGAGAUACAACGAAGUAUCAGUGA